AUGUCGACGGAAACGAGUUGCGAAGUGACGCUCCGCUUCACCGCGAGCAACAACGAGCUGAUAACGGUGCGCGAGAAGGAGCUCAUCGAGCGGAUUCCGCUCCUCGAGCGGGCCGUUGCCAUGGAGUUUGGCGACUGGCAGUCGAUGGACGUGAAAGUGGAGCAGCCGAUCGACGUUCCGUUCGAAUACGGACCUGCGAGGCUGCUGUUCGCCCGUCUGCGCGAGUACAAAAUGCCCGCGGAGAUGGGUCAGGAGCCCAACAUCGAGGAUUUCAAGGAGGCGAACGAGAUGAGUCUUGAGGAGCUCAGGGAUUGCAUAGAGGUGAGUGGGGGCACAAUAGCGUCCAUUCAAAGCAAUGUAUCUCGGCCGCCUGUAGAGAUAUCAAAAAGUGGUCAACUGACAAAAUGCGCAAAUUUUUCUAACGAACAAUUUACUAGUUGACAACUUUUUGCGAUCUCCACCGGCUUCUGAGUUAUAUUGUCUAUAAGUCUACUAGUAUUUUGCAGCUGGCCAACUUCAUGGAGUGCUCCGGUUUCGUCGAAUGCCUCGGCUUUGUGAUCGCCCAGAAACUGCGCGGUCUGCCGAUCGAAGAAGUCGCCGCGUUCCUGCACGUGGAUAUUAGCAAUCCACCAACGGACACGAACAUGGACUGGGUACAUCCGCCACUCGCCGCCGCCAAUGAAGACCAAGAAUCUUCGUGA